AUGCAGACUUUUCUGCUGAUCACCGCCAUCAUCAGUGCCGUCAGUGCAUUCCAAUGCUCGCGACACCAUCAUGAGAAUUGCGACUCGACGAAACGAAUGAAGCAACUAGAUAAGGACUGUAAGAUGGUAAGCAACAACGAGCCGGAGUGCGCCAACAAAAACGAGGUCGAAAGUGCCUGGAAAGAAUUCACAAAACUCUCGGAUCGGUACAAGGAGAGAUUAGCAGUCGCUAUUUGUUCUGCAGCUAACGAUGAUAUCAUCGUUCAUCGUACUGUGUUAUACCAUCAG